AUGUUAUCAUUACUUGAAGUCAAAAGCAAAUUCGGUGCGGAAUUUCGUCGAUUUGAACUCGAUAGAAAAAAUCCAAUAAAAUUCGAUGAUUUUCAUAGAUUAAUUGAAGAAUUACAUAAUCUUCAAAAUAUUCCAUUUCAUAUAACUUAUUUAGACAAAGAUGGUGAACUUCUUUCAAUUAAUAAUGAUUCAAUUAUCGAACAUAUUCUACGUGUGAAUACAGGUGGUUUAUUAAGAAUAUUUGUACAACGAAAAGGCGAAUCUUAUCAAUAUACAACUGAUUCAUUACGAAAACGAAAAAAAAUCUCGGAUCAAAUCUCAUCUCUCAUUCAUCCAUCAUCAGAUAAAACAACUGCAUCGCCACAACGUAAUAUUGAAUUACAACCUGAUUUUCGUCUUGUUUCAUCAAUAAUUGAUGUGGAAAUAUUACCUGUUACACAUCGCCGGGUAAAAUUACAUCGUUAUAAAGAAAGUAAACCAUUAGGUUUUUAUAUACGUGAUGGUGUUGCAAUAAAAUAUGGACCAAAUGGUGUUGAAAAUGUACCCGGUGUAUUUAUAUCACGUCUUCUUGCUGGUGGUUUAGCUGAAUCAACAGGUUUAUUAUCAGUUGGAGAUGAAAUUAUUGAAGUUAAUGGAAUUGAAGUUAGUGGAAAAACACUCGAUCAAGUAACUGAUAUGAUGGUAGCUAAUAGUCAUAAUUUAAUCAUAACUGUACGACCACAAAAUGAUACAUUUAAUUUAAAACGUAAUAUCUCAUCAUCUACAAGUCCAAUAUCAUCAAAUAAUCAAAAUCAAAAUGAAUCUCGUAUCAAUGUAGGUGGAGUAAGUGACGAUGAAGAUGGUGAUCUUUAUCGUUCACAUGAUUCUCAUUUACAAAAGACACCGUCUGUGUUAAAAUUGUGA